GUUGGCCGCCUUUACUCCGUCUGUCCGGCAAACUAAAUCGCUGGCUCGACGACUUAGUUAGUUAUUUUCGUUGGUCUCUGGGUGAGAGUCGCGCAGCAGAAAAAUGUUUGCUCGUAUUAGUUGGCAAUAACCAUUUGGUGGAAUGUUGUCUUAUGGUAGUUAGAAGUCUACAAAAUGCAAUAUUUAUUAACCAAACUGUGCGGGCACCAACGCGAGUGCAUGUGUAUGCGUGUGUGAAAAAAUGAAAAAUUCUACAACAUUGCAGGCAAAAUUCAUUAAGAAAUAUACGAGGAAAAUACCACAAAUGCUGAGUGAAGUGAAUAGAAAAAUAAAUUAAAUUGGAAACUCUUAGUGGAAUAAUUGAAGUGGUGCUUAUACAUAGAAUGCUUCCGCUGAGAUUGUGGAAAAUAUAUACAUACAUAUAGUGCAUGUAUGUGGAAAUUUAUUAACACGAAAUAUUCAGCCAUCGAAAUCUAUGCUUCCAUUUGAGCAUCCGUUUGCUAAAUCUUGAAUAGACUGCAUAUUUAUAGUGCAAUCCGUUUUUAAAAAGAAAACAAAAAAAUUAACUGACAAAAUAAACGCAACGAAGCUAAAUUUGUGCAAAGUGAAAAAAAGUAAAAAUAUAUACAAAUGUAUGUGAAUUAAACAUCCAAUAAAAAAGCAUGAAUUAUUCCAUUUGCUUCUGUAAAUAAAAACAAAAAUGCAUGCGAUCUGUGUCUAGUGUAAAAAGGUAUGAGUUUGUGUUCAGAAAUCAAAUUCUAAAAUAGCAACAAAAAAUUUUAUUAAAUAAAACAAGUAAAAGAAGAAAGUGCAACUUUCUACGCAUUGAGUGUUAAUUUGCUAAAAAAAUUCCUCGAUUUCUUCGAAUUAAUCUUUGAUGCCGCAGGAUUUACGAGCAGAAGCAAAUGUCGGUUACAAUAAACGGGAAGCUGGUAUUUUCGUAUAUCUUAAAACCGUUUGACCACUUAACUGGGUCAACCAUGAAUGGCAUGAGUGAGUGAGUGACCAUUGGAUGGCGUCCACAUAGAACUUCCGCAACAUCUUUUACUGUGUAGUUAUUCUUUACAACGGAAAUGUAAAUGAAGCAAGAGCAAAAUGUCGUGCAAUAUGCGACUUUUGACUGCCCUCUUGAUUACACAAACCCCAAAAAGCGCAACAACAAAACGAAAAAUGAAAAGCACACUUGUGUGAAAUCCAAUUUCCGGCGGGCCGAAUUGAUCAAUAUACAAUCCUACUAAACGAAAAGCGAAACUUUUGCCACCCGUCAACGGAUUUCUUCUGAGUCGAAUAGUUGCUUAACCCAGCAACACACACAAUGUAUCGCUUAAAUGUACACCAACAACAACAAUCUCAGCAGCAGCCAUCGUCAUCGGGAGCGGCGUCGUCGUCGUCAUCGGCGCCUGCAAAGUCCUCCACGCAGCUGUUGGCCUCCAACGCUGCCACCUCAACUACCACAACAGUUAUACCCAGUCAUAUUUUGUUGCAGCAACAAUUGGCCGCUGCAGCAGCUGCUGCUGCUGCUGGCAUCAAUCAACCACCGGCUACAAUUGCUGCUACGCAUUUACUCAGCGUUGCUGCCAUUGCCAGUGGUGAAGUUGGUAGCGCGUUGGAUCUGAAUGGCGGCCACCACCAACAACAGCAACGUGCACUAAUCCAUCAACCGCGGCAAGCACAUGCGCACCAGCAGCGUCUGCACGCCAACAACACCAGCAUUAGCCUUGGUUCGGCUGCGUUGGGUGAGACGCCCACAAUCAUUACGAAUGUGAUGGCUGCAUCGGUGGAGGAAAAAAUUAAAAUCAUUUCGACUGCCAUUAAAGCCGAGCCGCUGCACGAAGUCAUUGCACUGACUACAACUUCGGCGGCAAAUGCGUCAACAUCAAUGACUGCAGUUAACAAUGGUGGCACUCACGGCAACACCAGCAAUACUAGCAUUAGUCACAUGAGCAAUAAUACUCUAAGGAACAGCAACAGCAACAAUAGCAAUAACAAUCACGGCAACCCAAGCCCCAACUCGAAUAACAACAAUAUAAUAGCACUCACUGUCGACACACUGCCGCCAGCGGCAUCCUCAAGCGGUACUUCCAUUUCCGUUGCUGCAAAGAAGUCUUCUGCGGUGAGCGCUGGCAAUCAUACCACUGCAACAACCAUAGCUGUGAGUCCGCUCAACAAUGUGAAUACCAUAAAUCUGGUUGUUGGUGGCGGCGCUAGUGGUGUUUCCGGCACAGCUUCCACCUCUAGCGGCAGUGCGGGCGGGACUUUGGUUAUUACCACUGGAGGUGGCAGUCAUGCCGCCGCUUCAUCAUCCUCUUCUGCGGCAGCGGGAAGUAGCAGUAGUGGCAGUGCUGCCAAUGGGCAUCUGGUCUUUAUGCCCAAGCGUGCACGUUUGGAAUGUCCUCCGAGCAACGAAGAAUGGAUUUCCACCUCUAGUCCGGGUAGUGUGCCCAGUUCAGCGCCACCAUUAAGUCCUUCACCGGGUUCACAAAACCAUAGUUACAGCGCGAAUAUGUCAAAUGGCUACGCAUCGCCGAUGUCGGCUGGCAGUUACGAUCCAUAUAGUCCCAAUGGUAAACCAGGUACGUUUGCUCCGUAAAACAGCCGCGAAAGAAUACUAAGUUUCUCCUGCAGCGAAAAGCCAAGACGCGCGUAUGUAAGGAAUUCAAUUUCGUGUAUAUUCAUGUAUAUUUUUUUUUCUAUCGGGUGCGUUUUAAGAGCUUGGGAAUACAAAACAGAAAUAUUGUUGGAAUGAUUUUUUUUUUAUUAUACUCGUCAUCUGGUGUCACCCCCAUUACAGAAGCUGACCUUUCAGGGAAGGAGGCUGUUGAGCACUUUUUCUGUAAAUGUCCGGGCUUAGCAGCUAGACGAUUAAGCUCACAGGGUUCUCCUUUCCUCGAAAGCCUGGCACGUAGAGCUCCAACCUAAAUCCUAUCAACCUUUUUUAUUAAUAUACAUCAACAAAAUUUCAUGACAAUUAUUUUUUUAAUAUAAUACCCGGCACACAUACAGUAUAGUUACAUUAUGGCGGGCCGAUUUAAAAAUCGCUCAUUGCUCUGUGAAAAUCGUAUUCUAGGGAUCAAAAUAAGAAACUUUGCCGAAGGAACCAUACCUCUAAAACGAAUUGUGAUGAUCCCCAAUUUGGGUCGAACGAAAAAUCCCACUUUGACCCAUUUAGAGUGCUCUAAUCCAGUCCAAAUGUAUGAGCGACCAGCACUGACUUUGGACGGCCGAUCCACCCAUGCCAGUGGCACACCCACUGGAACUCCUCUGGGGGUUCCCCAUACAAUCAUUUCAAAAUAUCACCAUUUUUGGCCUUUACAUGAGAAAAGAAACUAAAAAGUUCGACCCAAAUUGAGGGACAUCAGAAUUCGUUUUAGAGGUAUGGUUCCUUCCUUUUUAAACAGUUCCUUCCCUGCAGGCACUCGCUGGAUGCAGAGCGGCCUCCACCAGGCGAACCACUGACGAUAUCCAGGAUCAAACACGACUAGAACUACUGGAUCAGACAAUUUACUGACAGACAAUAAACAUGAUUCACUGGGAGUCUCUUACCAUCUUCCUAAACUCCCGACCCUCGAAUGCCGUGAUCGGAGUCCAACCACCACCCAUCGUAGACGAAGAGAUUCAGUUUCCUCGUGAGACCAGCUCGUUGACUCAUUUACGUUCUGGAUAUUAUAAAAAGUUAAAUUCCUACCUAUCUAGAAAUGACCAUAAUAUAUGUCCGCCAGAUGAAAGUACCCCACACGAUACUAACCACCUAUUCACAUACCCUCUUAAACCCACUCACCUGGCACAGAUCUCCCUCUAUACCCAAGCCGUCAAAACAGCAUAUUACCUGGCCUACUUUUAGAAGAGAUAGACGAUGCCGAUCGCUGAUUACACUGUACUGUUACAACACCAAAAACGGUAAUCCUACCAAAUAUACAUCAUGAAAAUCAGGAAUUAGAAUUGGGCUAUCGCAACGAAACCAUUUCGGCACCAGGCGCUGUCCGAUAUACAGGGUGGCUGAUGAAAGCCGCUACCAAAAAAAAAUUGAAUAACUUUUUUUCUUUUUAAGUUAUCUGUUCCAUUUUUGUUUUAAUUUGCAGAUUGAUCUUUAAAAUUUAUUAAAAUGGAUAACUGGGACACGCAAACAAGAAUUUGGAUAGUCCGCCGCUAUCACGCACUGGAGUCCGUAGUUUUGGUACAGAGAGAGUACAGGCGGAUGUUUGGCGGCGAUCCCCCGAGCAGAUGGAUCAUAAUGAGACUGGUGAAUAAUUUUGCUGAACAAGGAACAGUCGCAAGAAGGCCUUAUCAUCGAAACCCACCAGUUCGGAUGGAGGAAACGAUCGCUGCUGUAGCUGCAGCUAUACAAAGCAAUCCAAGGGUUUCAACAAGAAGCUCAUCUGCUCAACUUGGUGUCAGCCGACAGUCUUUGCAAACAAUAAUGCACAAAGAUUUAGACUUAUUUCCCUACAAAAUUCAAAUGGUUAACAAACUGAAUGCAGCAGACUUGCCGAUUCGCUUGGAAUUUUGCCAGAAGAUCCUGCAAAUGGUGGAAGAAGACCAAAACAUGUUAAACUGCCUUUUCAUGCCUGAUGAGGCCCAUUUCGAUUUAAACGGCAAUGUGAACAAACAAAAUUGUUGAAUAUGGAGUACUUCUAACCCACAGAUACUCCACGAGACGGAAUUGCAUCCUCUUCGCGUGACAGUGUGGUGUGCGGUUUCUUCACGCUGUAUUGUCGGGCCUUAUUUUUUUGAAGAAAAUGGUCACACCGUUACGGUUACUGGAGACCGUUAUUUGAAAAUGCUGAAAGAAUUUUUCUAUCCAGAACUACGCCGAAAGAGAAUUCCUUUCAACUCUGUGUGGUUUCAACAAGAUGGGGCAACGUCUCACAUAGCCCAGAGUUGCGACGAAAAUUUCCCAAUAAACUGAUUUCAAGAAACUCCGAAUUUCGUUGGCCCCCCAGGUCGCCUGACCUUACUGCACCUGACUUUUUCUUGUGGGGUUUAUGUAAACAAGAAGUUUAUAAAACAAAGCCAACAAAUUUGGAUGAACUAAAACAAUCCAUUCGGGCAACAAUUGCGGCUAUUCCUGUCGCAACUCUCAAAGCAGCAAUGAACAACUUUUUACUAAGAUGCCGCACUUGUGUCAACGAGCAUGGGGGGCAUUUAAAUUCAAUUAUUUUUAAAACUAGUUAAGCUACAUUUAAUAAAAUUUAAUGACCUUCAACUUGAAAAAAAAAAAAUGAAUUCCAUACACUAAAAAAAAAGUUAUUUGAGUUUCUUAAUGUAGCAAAAUUCAUCAGCCACCCUGUAAAAGUUUUAUUGACAAGUCUCUAAGGCCCUGACCCAAUAUUUUUGAACACAAUGGUUCAACAUAUUUUGAUUAUAUAAUAUAAUUAUGAAAUCAAUAAUAAACAAAUAAAUUAGAUAUUUAAAAUAUAAAUGAAUUAUAAAAAAACGCUCACUUCAAACGAAAUUAAAAAAAAAAUUAAUAAAAAAAAAUUAAAAAAAAAUUUAAUUUCAAUUAAAUAUCCCAAAACUAUCCACUGCUGCCGACUGUCCCUCCGAUCUGUCGUGCCCUAUUAUAUAGCCCGGCUAGCUCAGUCGGUAGAGCAUGAGACUCUUAAUCUCAGGGUCGUGGGUUCGAGCCCCACGUUGGGCGCAUAGUAACUUUUUUACUUAGUUUAGAAAACAUUUGUUUUUAUUGCUUUAUGUCAUAAAAAUGCAUGAAAGUGAAAAGUAAUAAAAUUAAAUAUUCAUAUUCGUAAAUAUGCAACAUUCAGUGGAAAAUGGAAACUUACCAAUUUUCUUAUUCAAUUAUUUUAUGGAUAUUUGGCAAUUUCAUCGUAAUCAAAAUUUGUUGAAGUCAUAAAAAACAAUUCCUUGAUUAGUUUUCUAAUUUUAUCGGCUUAUUAUUUUACGGAACCCUAAGUAAAAAUUUUAUUACUAAUAUUGCUGUUGUACGUAUGUAUGUACGUAUGUAUGAUAGCAAUUCGUUAAAUCAAUAUUUUGCACUGAUUUUUCUCACUGAGAAACUUUCAAGGAUUACUGAGCUGAGUACAGUAGUUUCAGUGAGUUUCAGCUGCUAAUGAAAAAUAUAAGAUCCAAUCUGAGGAGGUGUUUUCCAAAAAUGACAAACAAAAUUUGCCCUAAAAUUUGCAACGAAAAAAAAUUUAUUUUUUUUAAAUAUCUGUUUUUUUUGUAAAUUUAUUUCAACCUAACAAAAAAAAAAAAAAAAAAAAAAAAUGUAUACAAAUAUACAUAUUUUGAAAAAACUUUGAAAAAAAACAACUGAUUUGUAUAAGUGAGGUAUUUUUAUUUGGUUUGGUUAUUUACAAUUUAUUAAAACUACUAGCUGACCCGGCGAACUUUGUUCUGCCCUAGAGGCAAUAAAAAGGCAGAUUUUUGAUUUUAUUAAGCUAAUUUUUUUAUUAAUCAAGUAUUUCAAUGAAACUUUAAUAGAUUGCACUCUUCAGUUAAGCACCUUGUGAUACACGACAUUUUUUGUUUUAUUGUCAGGUGCAAGAACAAACAACGCAGAUGGUUUUCCGACCCGUGAACAUGCCACAUAUAAUUGACCAUGUGAGAAACAUUGAUUCUCUACAUUCAGACCACAAACUUUCAAGGAUUGGCCUUGUGAUUUGUUAAUGGUCAUGGCGAAUGCAAGACGGCUCGGAAAUUGAAGUCUUUGAAACUCAAACGGAAGAUUGGUGGCGAUCAUCGGGAUCCUCGGAAUGAGAACUUCUUCACCUUCGAAUUUUCCUUUGAGUAUCAUCGCAUAAAUCACAUUGUUCAUCAAUUUAUUUACAUCCAAACGCGUACCGUUGCAAGGUUUUGGUGGGCUUAUGUUUCGAAGCAUGAUUACUACGGAGCCAACUUUUAGGCGUAAAUUGUGCGGUGGUAAGCUAGGCACAUCCAAGAAGUUUAAAAAUUCAAUUGGAUAGUUGGUGGUUUCAUAUUCGUUUGUUACACAGUCAACGGAUUUGCAUGAAUGCAUUUUUCCAAUGAUAUCAUUUUGAAUUAUGCAGUUUAGGUCAUCUACAUCUUUAUUCUUAGCCGCUAAAAUUGCUCGCUCACUCAACCAUUCAUUAUUUUUGUAGUUAUUAAUGAUGUUUGGGAAUACUUUAUUGAUAAGUUCGUCUUUCGAUGAGACAAAGUUACAGAAAUUCUGAGGAAAUGAAAUCAAUCCGCUCGAUUCGUCGACAGGUACUCGACCAUUACCGAUAGUCAGUAAUUGCUCAGAAAAAUCUUGAGUAGAUGUAUCAUUAAGUAAAGCAACUCUCAUGUUUGUUGUCAGCUGCCGUUUCUUCACAUAGCUCCAUAAAUUCGAUGAUUUGAGGCAAGCGUUUAUUUCGUCAGCAGCCGUUGAUCUUGGAAUUACUGGCAGUGUUUGGCAGUAAAAUUAUUGUGCCUCCAAAAAAGUCAAUAAUGUCAAUUUCACUAUUCCACUAAGGCAGCACAAUCCGGGCGUUUCUCCGGAAAACUUCAACUUCUUGUGCUUCUUCAGUCGUUUCAUUCAUUCGCAAUGUUUCGUAUCCUUCUUGCAUUACGGCUUUGUCGGGAAAGAUUCGAUCGUCUUGGUCGCGGCAUUGAUAAUGAUGAUUCAAAGAGAAAACAAAUUACUGUGAUUAUAUAUUUCUGACAAAAUUUAUAUUAUCAAAUUUUCUACCUAACCAUAGACAAAAUUACGUGUAGCUGUCAUUUGCGUUUUGUUAUUCCAUAUCAGAUGCGUUUUUGUUAUACCACAUUUUAUAGUGACUUCACGGAAACGCGUUCGAAUGGGAUUAAAAGUAUUCUAUGUCCGUCUCCUGGUUAUAAGCUACCUCUCCACCAAUUUUCAGCCAAAUCGGUUCAGCCGUUCUCGAGUUAUAAAUAGUGUAACUAACAUGACUUUCUUUUAUAUAUAUAGAUUUUUUGAAUACAAUAUUAAUCAAGUGGCCACCUUUACUAGCAAUCACAACCAGGGAUCUUUUUUCUGCGGUUGUCAUCAUCUUGUCAAGCAUUUCGGGUUUUUGCCUUAACCUGGUCAAUAGUCUGCGGCUUGUUGGCGUAAACCUUACUUUUCAUUUAACCCCACAAAAAGAAGUCCGGGGGAGGUUAAGUCAGGUGAUUUGGGGGGCCAGUCGAUGUCGCCUCUUUUUGACACUAGACACCCCGAGAAUUUUCGAUGCAGAAAUUCAAUUGUUGCAUUCGCAGUAUGGCAUGGCGCACCAUCUUGUUGAAACCAGUAACCGUCUAAACCUUUCUCACGCAUUUGCGGGCAGACAUAAUGAGUUAGCAUCCAUCGAUAUCGGUUUCCAUCGACCGUUUUGUUUUCUCGGUAAAACUAUAGCCCAAUGGUUGGUUUUGGCGCAUAUGCCGGCCCAAACAGUUACUUUCCGGUCAUGCAUGCAAGACGUUUCAUGGAUCUCGUGUGGAUUCUCAGUUCGUAAAAGCGGCAAUUUUGUUUAUUCACGCCGCCAGAGAGGUUAAAAUGUGCCUCGUCAGUCAUUGAAAUUUGCUUCCCAAAAUUGGGUUCAGUGUCAACCAAUCGAGCGACUGUUUGGCCGUAUUCCAAGCGACGUUAAUGGUCUGUCGGCAAUAUUCUUUAUGCCAAUUGCACUUUAUACGGAAACAAAUUUAAAUCAUCAUUUAAAAUGUGCCGCAUUGUGGUUUCACUGACGCCAAAAUGCUGAGCGCGUCGUCGAUACAACACUGUUGGCUCCUGGGCAACGCUCUCCCUCACUGCUUCAACAAGUUCAUUGGAACGUAUUGGUCGUUGAUGAACGUCAUGCGUUGACGAUCUCCUACUGUCGCGUGCUCAAAAAAAAUUCGACACCAAACGACGAAUAGUAUUAUCAGACGGUGCUUGUUUGUCGCGAUACUUUUGCGAUAUGGGCGUUGAGUUAGAAGAAUAGAACGACUAUUUUCGAUGUAUAGCGUCACUAUUUCAGCGCGUUGAUGAGCUGUAAAGCGAUCCAUGGUUGAAAUUGUACUGAAUCAGGGUUUAUAUAUCGAUAUAAGAGAUGGCACACUCUGUAAACCAAAUAAAUGAAUUUCAAAGUUAUAAUUUUUUUUUUAAUUUUUUCACUUUUCAGUUUUCAUUAUAAUAAAUCUGAUGGCUUUAUUUCUCAAA